AUUGUUGUACUGUUGUCAUUUCUACUAAUAAAGACUUUGCCAACUCCAAAUUUCGUUCUGCAAAGUAUAUUCGUUUUCGUACCCACAUCAGCGGUGUAAGGAAGCUUGAUAUCAACCUGAACCCGAUUGUUUAUUUUUUAGUCAAAACAUCAAAACACCAGCAGCUCAGAAAAAAUAACAAUGGCUCCCAACGAUACCGAGUCGUCGCUGGAGUCGGCUGCUGCUACUGCCACAGCUGCCAUGAAAGCCAGCGAGCAAGAAAAAACGUCGAAUGCCGUGCUUGAAGACGAAAAUUUGAUUAACAACUUGGUGGAGAGCUUGGAUAAGCCGGACGACACAGAUGCUUCCAUCAAAGCUGAAGAGUCUCUGGUGGACCCGUCUUUGUCGCGGUCGCCGCUAGAUCAAGUUCUACUGGGGCAGAAGUUCAUUUUGCUGGGAAACAGUGCGGCAAAUGAGGAUGUUGGCCACGUGAUUGAGGAAUUGGGAGGAAGCGUGGUGAGUGGUGAAAACGGUCAAGGAAUAUAUCUUGCUCGGUCUGCGUCGGACGUGAACCCAAGUAUCAACGUUCCUGUUUACUCUUUCAACUUUGUGUACACGGCGCAAAGAGAUCACGUUUUGCCCGACCUGAACGAUUUCAAAAUCCGCCGGCCACCCCAGCUACCGCAGAACCUCAACAUCAACAUUGGCGAAUUGGCGAAAACGGGGCUCAAGGAAAAUGAGUCUGUAGAGAGCGCGUUAUCGAUGAGCGCAGAGCCGCAGAAGAAACGGUCUAUGAAAUUUACAGAGCUGGAGGACGCUUGUAUCUUAGACUUGAUCAGAAGAAAUCCGAAUCUGCGUUCGACGCACAGCUUUUUCGCCAAAAUUGCUCAGCUGCCCGUGUUGAGCGGCCACACAGGCAACUCGAUCCGGUUCAGGUUUCGCAAAAUUCUAGCAGAUAAGCUUGACUACGUGUACCAGGUGGAUCCUCAAACUAACAAGCUUAUCCUGGAUCCGGUGACAAAUGAGCCAAUUAAGAUCAAGGACCUUCCAAGCCUGCUCAAGUCACAAUACACCGCCGAAGAGGACUACGAGCUGUGCAAGCACAUUUUACAUUUCAAAGAGAACAUGUCGCAAUAUGCCAAGAAACGUAAGCUGGACGGUAACAGCAUUCCUGAAUCUGUCUUCACCGAACUGGUGGCAAAGUUCCCUAGACACAGUGCAAUGUCGUGGAGAGACCGGUACCGGAAGUUUGCCUCGAAAUACGGCUUGGAAGAGUAUAUGAAGUACUACGAGGAUUGUCUGGCGAAGAACAUCACUCCGCAGCCAAUGAAGAAUCUUAGUUCGAGAGCGAAGGAUUCCAAGGACGCGAAGAGAAUGAAGCUGGACGACAAAAACGACAUGGUUCCUAGUCUGGAUAGAAUCGAGGCCCUUGCGCGUGUUUCUGUGGAACGCAAAGAAACCGAGGAAAAUGCUGCAAAGAAAGAAGAUAGCCCAGAGGCUAAGGGCGAGAAAGACAAACGGCUCGACGACGGGUCUGCUUCUGCUAAUCUGUUUGAAGACGCUAACGAGGACGAGAUCAAGGCUCUGAACGACGAUCUGAGCAAGUUUGACGCUCUGCCUUCGAUCGAGACCGAGGGCAACUUCUCGUUCGAGGAGCUCAAGAAGGAGGACCCCGAGCCGCUGAAAAACAAGUCCCUGAUCAACGUCGAGGAGACCUGUGCGCAGAUUGAGCAGAUAUUCGGGAGCUUUGGCUCAUCCAUCACCACAUCUUUUGAGCUGUUCAAGGUGAUGAACGAAAAAGUUGGGCUCUCGAUGGGGUGGCUGACGUACUGGUUUGACUGUUCUUGCGGCCAUCUGAAUCUAUUCAUGGCGGCCAUUCUCAACUAUAUCCGGAACGACGAGCUAAUACUGAGCAAUUAUCCCGGAUUUUGGACUUCUGAGCACGAUCGCAUGCUCAAGGAAGAAGACAAAAUCUCGGACUUAAUCAAGCUACACGGUUUGGAGUCGGUCACGAAACGGCGAGAAGCACUGUACGGCGAAUAAGUGUAUAGCAUCUUUUGCUUUGGUACUGAAAUAAAUCCGUGAGUUUGGACUGUCCACGACCCAUCGCGUACCUAUCCCCAUUCAUGUUGCUUCUGCACUGAGAUAAAAUCCGCAAGUUUAGAGCGUCCACGACCUCUGUAUAUUUAUCUCCGUCUUUGUGGAAACCCCAGAGGUAGUCUAUAUAAGGACUAGCAAUUUUCCUCACAACGCUCACUAAAAACAACAGAACUCAUGUCUUUUGAAGGAAAGUCUACUUUGAUCACUGGCGCCAACAAGAACCUCGGAAAAGAGACCGCUCUGGCCUUUGCCAAGGGUGGUAGCAACCUUGCUUUGCACUACCACUCUGCCAAGGAAAAAGACGCAUUGACCAAAUUUGCUUCUGACCUUGAGUCGAAGUACAAGAUCAAGACGGUCGUUAUCUCUGGGGACCUCACCAAGGAGGAAGACACCAAGAACUUGUUCGCUUCUGCCAUUUCUGCCCUGGGCAAAAUUGACAUUGCCAUUAACAAUGUUGGUAUGGUGCUGAGAAAGCCAUUGGCCGAGGUCUCUUUGGCCGAAUACGAUAAGAUGUUUGACACCAACACCAAAGCCUCGUUCCUAUUCCUCAGAGAGGCUGCCAACAAGGUUGCAGAAGAUGGAUCGGUUAUCAUGCUCACCACGUCUCUUUUGGCAGCAUACACCGAGGGCUACUCCAUCUACCAGGCUGCCAAGGCUGGCGUCCACAUGAUGUGCAAGGCCUUGUCGAAAGAAACGACUCGUAGAAUCUCGUUCAACUGCGUGUCUCCAGGUCCGAUGGACACACCAUUUUUGUAUGGCCAGGAGACCAAGGAGCGGGUCGAAUUUUUCAAGGCACAGAGUCCUUAUGGCAGACUCACAGAAAUUUCGGACAUUGUGCCAAUUCUCACCUUUUUGGCUAAAGACGGUCACUGGAUCACUGGCCAAAACCUGUUUGCAAACAACGGAUUCGUUGCUCCAUUUUAGGCUAAGCUAUGUUGAAUGGAUUUUACUUUGGAUAUUUUUUGCUCCACAUCCCUAUCACCGCGCUGAUGGAUGCAACCCUUGCUGUCCCGCGUACUUGGCAGCUGGACAUUCAGAAGCGGCUGAGCGACUUCCAUGUAGCCCACAACAAGGACUUCUUGUGCGCCGAGCCGCCGCUGUGGCUCCAGUUUUUUGUCGUGUUUGAGCUCGUCUUCCAACUGCCCUUGUUCGUGGUUGCUGUGGCCAACUACUGGAAAAACAAACGCUACACGCCCAGGCUGUACCCCUACAUGCUAUUGUACGGCUUCAAUGCGUCGUUCACCACGCUGUGCUGCCUAGUCUAUGUCUACUUUGAGAGUGCGGCACACGGUCUCACAACCACAGAGACGCUCAACCUCUUAGGAGUCUACUUCCCCACGUUUGUGAUCCCUGCAAUGAUGACCAUCGACUUUGCGUCGCGCAUCAAUGCCAACAUAUCUGGAAAACAGCACACAGAUUAGCCGAUAAACUAGUUGUAUUUAGCCUGCAAUUCAUCGACCAGAGCAAUGUAUUUCUUCUCGGCCUCCUCCUGGGAAGUUCCCUCGAGCUUCUUCCAGGCCUCCCAUUUGUACUUGCCCUUGAAGUCAAAAACACCC